AUGCAAAGACUUCUCGUGUUGUUUGCGUGCUUAGUUUUGGGCAGCUUCGCCAGCCCAACUCUUCAACAGGUUGUAAAUGUGAAAGAAAAAACUGCUUCGGAAUUGGCCUCACUUGCAUAUGCCGUCGAUCUGUCCGCUCCCGUUUCUCUAUCAGGAUUUCAAUGCAUUCGCAAUAAUCUUUACAACGUUGCUUUCAUCAGGGCCUACACUCCACUUGGGCAGGGACAAAUCGACCCCUACGCAUGUGCCAACAUCCAGAAUGCGAAUGCUGGUGAGGGAUUAACUUAGGACACCUACAGUACUUCGUCGGCUGCCGCGGGUAUGUCCAGACGUGAGAAGUCUGACCAUAUCAUCGUCGGUGGUCUAGGACUCGGUGGAGCUGCUUUCACUGAAAAAGCUGUGAUCAAACAAUAA